UUUAGCUCCAUUACACUACACUUGUACGCAUUUCUCGGUCGUAUCAGCUCUUUCUCUCUCUCUCUCUCUCUCUUUCUCGUCUCUUCUUCCCCCUUUCUCUUUCAUCUUAUCUCUGAUACUUUGCUUGAAAUUUUACCAACAUGGCUCCGAACAAAUGGGGGUUUUCUGCUUCCGCGUAAGAUUCAAAGCUGCUGCUUCUCUUCUAUUACUAUCUUCUGAACUAAUCUAACAAAUCGAAACACUGAAAAUCGUUGCUGGAAUCCGUUUUGAGAAGCUGAAAUGGCCAUGCAAACUGUGUAUUUCAAAGAACAUGAAGGAGUAGUCCAUAAUCCGACAGGGCAGUUUUCAUCAGUACCGCAGGCUUCUCGUUGGGGUGCCUUCGGAUCUCAGUCGGUUUACGUGGAGGCAUGUGGGCAAUUUAAGUCUUUAUCCAUGGAAAACACUGCCGGCGGUUUCCAGCUCGCUGCCGCUAAACAACGCGGGACAUGUACGGACCAAGGGCCGGAUAAAGGGACUGUAACUCCGUUCACUAUCUUCCCAGGUGAUCGUAAAAAUUCAGCUCAUGGACAUAAACCCCAAGGAACUACUGCUGUGCAAUCAGCUCUAUCAGACUAUCAUGCUGGAUUUGAAUUGGGUUUUGGUCAGCCUAUGAUUUGUGCAAAGUAUGCUUACAUGGAUCAGUGUUAUGGACUGUUUUCAGCCUACGCACCUCAGAUUUCGGGUCGAAUUAUGCUGCCCCUUAAUUUGACAACAGAUGAUGGACCGAUAUAUGUAAAUGCAAAGCAGUACCAUGGAAUCAUCAGGCGCCGGCAGUCCCGUGCAAAGGCUGUAUUGGAGAAUAAGGCAACUAGAAGUCGAAAGCCAUAUAUGCACUAUUCGCGUCAUCUCCAUGCAAUGCGGCGACCAAGAGGAUGUGGUGGUCGUUUCUUGAACACAAAGAAUUUGGAUAGCAUAAAGGGUGCAACUGAGGUUAAGAAUGCCAGUGAAGGAAAGCUGUAUCUGCUCACUGGUUCUCAGAAUUCUGAUUCUGAAGUCCUGCAGUCAGAUAGCGGAACAUUGAACUCAUCUAAGGAAACAAACGGAAUUGGGUCAAAUCUUUCAGGAUCAGAGGUGACAAGUCUGUAUUCUAGGAGAGACAUUGGCCACUUUUCAAUCAAUCACCUGGGUUCAUCUGUCCGUUCUUUCUCUAGCAUUUUGGAUAGUGGGCACAGCAUUGUUAUGCCCACUAAGUGGGUUGCAGCAGCUGAU